AUGAUCGAAGAGCAGCUGAGCAAAUUCCGGGAGCUAGAGUCAUGCCGAGCUACCAGCACAUUAUCCGUCGAGGAGAGCAACUGUGAGAAACAGUUCGCUGCCACGACCACUAGUGACACCGACGGUCGAUUCAUCGUGCAGCUACCGAAACGAGAGGAGAAGCUGGCUCUUCUUGGAGACUCGAAAGGGAUAGCCACACGCCGGUUCCUUGCCUUGGAACGUCGGCUAUCCUCGAAUGCCUCAUUGAAGACAGAUUACACACAGUUCAUCGAGGAGUACGCAGAGCUUCAGCACAUGACAGAGUUAGCCGAGAGCGAUACUACAUCUUCAUCCCCCUCAUACUAUCUUCCACAUCACUGCAUCGUGCGACCAGAUAGUACCACCACUAAACUCCCAGUGGUGUACGACGCUUCGUGUGCAUUAGACACCGGAACAUCUUUAAACGAUGCACUGAUGAUUGGACCCACUAUCCAAGACAACCUGAUGUCCAUUCUAUUGCGGUUUAGAAUCUCGAAAUUGGCCCUGGUAGCAGACAUCGAGAAGAUGUACCGGCAAAUCAACAUAGCUGCCAUCGAUCGUCCGCUGCAACAACUCCUGUGGCGAAAUUCUCCAACCGAGCCGAUACGAACGUUCCAACUCAACACCGUCACCUAUGGCACAUCACGUGCUCCGUAUUUGGCCACCAAAACCCUCCAAGUGCUAUCUCAGGUCGGAGCUAGCACCCAUCUCGAAACGGCAACCAUCCUCGGACGAGACUUCUACAUGGACUGCUGA